CUCUCCCUUUCUCUCCUUCUGUAUCGUUCGCUCGCUCUUCGCGGCUAUGUCUCAUGCUCUAGGAAGCAGGAUAGACGCACAUGCCCUACGGCCGUGCUUCGGAACAUCUCCUGAUGCGAUGGAUGUUCGUGCGAGUUAGGCACCGACAACAAUGGGGAGGUACAGCCCCGCUUACCAUAGCCCCCCUAGGAGGGGAUAUGGCGGCAGGGGAAGAAGCCCGCCGAGGAGAGGAUAUGGUGGUGGUGGUGGUGGUGGAGGGCGCGGAGGACGCGGUGACCAAGGUUCGGUAAGCCUGCUGGUUCGCAACAUUCCGAUGAGAUGCAGGCCUGAGGAUCUCCGAGCCCCUUUCGAAAGGUUUGGUCCUGUUCGGGAUGUUUACCUGCCAAGAGACUAUCACACUGGGGAGCCAAGAGGGUUUGGAUUUGUGGAGUUCGUUGACGCUUUUGAUGCCUCUGAGGCACAAUAUCACAUGAACCGUCAGAUGUUUGCUGGACGUGAGAUCACUGUCGUUCUUGCUGCGGAUACACGGAAAAGGCCCGAGGAAAUGCGUAGACGAACAAAUCCAAGAGGAUAUUCUGAUCAUGAAGGGCGUCGUUCUUCUCGCCAUGGGCGGUCUCGUUCUCGUUCAUACUCACGUUCCCGCUCUCCGCGCCCCCGUGGCCGUGCUAGAUCACGGUCAUACUCUCCUGCCCCUAGAAGGCGGGAUGACUACUCUGCAUCCCCGGAAGAGCAGCGGAGGUCACCAAGACAGGCUAAAGGAGAUGACGUGGAGAAGAAGCGAAGAUCCUACACCCCUGACGAUAGGAACAAUCGCCGUGGUGCAGACAAUGGUCAUGAUGAGAGGAGGCCAGCAGCAGGUGAGGACGGGCAGGAAGCUUGGCAGCGGCGCCGCGGAGCACGCACCGAGUCACCUGGAGGAUCGCGGUCAAGGUCGGCGUCUCCUACGCGUAGCAGCUGAUGGAUGAGACCCAGCCCAGAUAUUGUGGUGGUAGUUUCUUUGCUCUGUUUGUAAAACCUUGGCAGAGGCACUCGUUUGCUUUGCUUUGCUUAGCUUUCUUCUUCUUGCUGUUGUUGGUAAGAGAGAAUGAGUACAAUGAGUUUGUAGUAAGUUGAUGCUGUCGUAUGACAAUAUAAUUUGUUAGCAAUUCUA